CGCGAAGGCAACAUGAUGUCACGGAUGACGUCACCCGGGCUGGGCAUUAGGACGCUGGUAAACAUGUAGCGGAGCGCCGAUCCAUCAGCACCGACUCUGACCCGAUGAGUGUCUCCGGUGAGUUCGGUUAAGCCGUGCGGCUCCUGAACACGAUCCUUGCUUGACCCGGACCUGGGACUGGUUACGCGCCGGAACCGUGUUUCAGGCGACACCGCAGCGGCGGGAGAUCUAUUGUAGUGCGGUGGCGUCACGUGAAAACUGGGAAGAUUUCAGACAACGAUGACAGCCGACUAUGACGUCACUGGCUGACGCUCCUACAUAUUUGCUGUCCCUGUAACCACAGUGGACCUCUGUGGGAGGUGUGGGGGUUUGGUCGGCCUCACCUCCAGGCCUCCCCCUGCUGACCAUGGACAAGCCGGCAGCCAUGAGUUCCGGGAAAGCCAGUGGGCUGAAGCCUCCCAGCAAAAUUGUGCGCCCGACUGGAGGGCUGACCAAGACGUCUCCCUCUUCUGGGACCCACAAACCUGUUCCCCCUGAAAAGUCUCCAGUCUUGUCUCCAGGCCAGGAGGACUUCACGGUGGGGCAGCGGGUCUGGGUCAACGGCAGUAAAGCAGGCUGUGUAAAGUUUUUGGGGGCGACACAGUUCGCCCCUGGCCAAUGGGCCGGCAUCGAGCUUGACGAACCCAUCGGCAAGAACGACGGGUCGGUGGCCGGGAUCCGCUACUUCCAGUGUGAGGAUGGGAGGGGUAUCUUCACCAGACCCUCCAAACUGUCUCAGAUGCCCCAGAAUGAGAAGAAGGAAGCCAACGGAGAGGAGGUCCCGCCACCUGAGGAGGGGGUGUCUCGGCCACCCUCAGGAGCAACGCCGGCCUCCGAGUCUGGCCCUGCUGCUCGACCCCCAUCUGGCAGGAAGUUGAGCGGCACUGUGACCCGAAUGAUGGCGUCCAGUGAGUCGGUUUCAAACCUGUCUGACCCAGAUUCUUCCAAGAAGAUGAGGAGAGAGCUGAGACUUAGUGAUAGAGUCCUGAUCGGUGGGACCAAGGCAGGGGUGGUCCGUUUCCUGGGCGAGACGGAUUUUGCCAAAGGUGACUGGUGCGGCGUGGAACUGGACGAACCUCUGGGCAAGAACGAUGGAGCCGUGGCCGGCACGAGGUACUUCCAGUGCCUGACCCGGUAUGGCCUAUUUGCUCCGGUCCACAAGGUGACCCGCAUCGGCUUCCCCUGCACCACUCCCACCAAGACUAAGAGUGGCCAGAGGAGGGCGCUCUUCAAGAGGAGUCCCAGCGCCUCGUCCAUCAGCUCGCUCAGCUCGGCCACAUCGUCCAUUGGUGGAAAACCCAGCCGAGCCGGACUGCUGACGGAGACCUCAGCGUGCUAUGCUCGGAAGAUCUCGGGCACGACGGCCCUGCAGGAGGCACUGAAGGAGAAGCAGCAGCACAUCGAGCAGCUGCUGGCAGAGCGAGACCUGGAGAGGUGCGAGGUGGCCAAGGCUACCAGCCAGGCGGGUCAGGUCCAGCAGGAGCUGGUGCUGCUGAGGAAGGUCCGAGAUCAGUAUUCUCUGGAGAUGGAAGCCAAACUGGAUCAGCUUCGUUCACUGGUGGAGGCGGCAGACCGGGAGAAGGUGGAGCUCAUGAACCAACUGGAAGAAGAGAGGAGGAAGGUUGAAGACCUCCAGUUCCGUGUGGAGGAGGAGAGCAUCACCAAAGGAGACCUGGAGACGCAGACUCGACUGGAACUGGCCCACAUCCGGGACCUGGAGCAGAAUCUGCUCCUGGAGAAGACCAAAGCCGAUAAGCUGCAGAGGGACUUGGAGGACACUCGGGUGGCCACGGUGUCGGAACGCUCGCGGAUCAUGGAGCUAGAGCGGGAGGUGUCGGACCUGCAGCUGCGCCUGCGAGCGUCGCAGCAGAAGGAGGACAUGGAAUCUAUAUCCCAGCAGCAGAUCCGAGGCCUGACACUGCAGAUCCAGAACCAAGAAAAGAAGAUCAGUGAACUGAGUGUGGACCUGGAGACCAGGGUUCAGAAACUACAAGGUUUGCAGGAGGACAAGGACUCGCUGGAACUACAGGUCCACUCCCUGAGUCAAUCCCUGGACACAACUCAGGAGGAGAACCAGAGGACGCAGAAGAACAUGCUUGAACUGGAGCAGACUCUGGACCGGUCUAGAAACGACCUGCAGACUCUGGAGGAGCAGAGCCAGCGCAGAGAGAUGGAGCUGAUGGUCCAGGUCACUCAGGUGAGAGAGGAGCUGGAGCGCUCGCGAGAGUCUGUGCAGCAGCUGGAGGGACGCACACACACUCUGGAGUCUGAGCUUGACUCGGUGAAACAGCUAAACGCAGAUCUUCAGCAAGACCUGAGUCGCUCUGAGCAGCAAGUCAGUGCGGAACUUCAACGAGUCCAGGUUCUCCGCAAAGAACUUGAGGACCUGACCCUGGCCUCCCGGCCAUCUCAGCUCCAAGUUGAUUCAAGCUGUCUGCAGACAAACACGAAGACCAGUGUCUUUCACAGAGAGGACCACGAAGAUAAUCAGACUCAAGAGCCCAUCACUCAGAAAUACCAAGACCUGGAGCAGGGCGUGAUGGGAGGGAGGAAUCCUGAAGGAGGAGCGCCACCCUCAGGGGACGCUGUGUUGGAGCAGCUGAGGGAGGAGAAGGAGUUUGCAGAGGGCCAGAUCAACUUCCUGAACAGCGUGAUCGUGGACCUGCAGCGGAAGAACGAGGAGCUGAAGGUGAAGCUGAAGGCGCUGGCGCUCGCCGAGUUCAAUGGAAAUGAGGGCACCGACAGUUUUGACAAGGAAGUGUCAAAACGACACAAGAAGACACCGCCCCGUCUUUUCUGCGACAUCUGCGACAGCUUUGACCUUCACGACACAGAGGACUGUCCCACGCAGGCCCAGAGUCCAGACUCGGUCCCGCACACCAGCUACCACGGAAACCCAGCCGACCAGCGACCUUACUGCGACAUCUGCGAGGCCUUCGGUCACGCCACCGAGUCCUGCAACGACGACCAGACCUUCUAGAGCAGGCCCGCUCUGAUCUCAGUCCUAGGAGUGCCAAAGCCCCGUCAUCCUGUAUUUUUCUAAUGUUUUUGAUGAUGUGUCGCUGAAGUCCAGAACCACUCUGCCCCUUUCAUCUUUGUUCACACAAGCAUAUCCAGACUAAGUGUCUGGUUCUGGUCCGGUUGGAGCUCCGAGUACAGCCAGUGGAAUGCUUUCGGUCUUGUGGAAGGACUGGAGAUACUCCCAGGAGAUAGUGUUGCUGUGACAACAGGACGACCGGCGUUGAUGACGACCAAAAUAACUUUGUGAAAACAAUGGCUGACUGCACGUGUAGAUGACUGCUGGUCUCAUGCAGUGAGACGAGCUAAACUUUGAUCCUCAGGAACGGAAACAUUCACAGGAAUAACAAAAGUGUGGAAUUUCUAGUGCGACGUCAGCUUGUUAAGCUAACACUAAUAAGCUGUAGAGCCGUCACUUUACACCUCAAGCUUUUUGUGUCACGUGUGUCAAGGACCUUGGAGCUUCAGAAGUGACGCAUGUACAUAAUAUCAUGAUUUUUAGUUAGCUUGAUGCUCAAUGUUCAUUCCGCCAGCAUGACUCGUGUCCUGUAGCUUUGCUUCUGCACUCAAGACAGUUUUGCACAAGUACCAUGAAAAAAACCUGUUGCCUAGGUUAGCUGCUAACAAUCGUUACAGUACAAGUGUUAUCGCAAUGGCAUCAUCGAGGGAAAAUAAAUGCUUGAGGCCAGUGCUAACAAUCUACUGAUAUGCUAAAUUUACUGGCUGAUGCUAAGCUAACAAGGUUGACUUUCUUGAUUCACUCUGUUGUGAAGCACAAAUGUUUUGUAGUCUUCCCAAACUAGCCUGGAUAUUUUUAUAUCAACAUGCUAUAGCAGCCAUCAUGUUUGUACCGUAGUUGACUUUCUAUGUGACGUGUUCGCAGCAGCACAGACGGUGUUGGUGCCGGGAGGCUCACUUUGAUAUUCCCAUGCUUCUCGCUGUGUUUUGUUGUUGGUACAAACUUCUGUUUAGAAGAGGCGCUCCAAUAAACUGCACUUUAACUCACCAUCUGAAGUUGCCACUUCGUAAGAGAAACCACCCAUCCGUGAACUG